AUGGGUCAAGGAUGCGCGCCCCUCAUCUUGACGGCUGUCAGUCGGUCGCUCGGCAGCUUCGCCCCUCCCCCUCCCGACUCCGACUCCGACUCCCGAAGAUUCCCCCUCCCUCCCUUUCCACAACUCACCUUUGCAACCUCCUUCUCCCGCUCUCCCACCGCCGCCGCCGCCCUUUCCUGGGCCCUCGGAAACAAGAGAGCCUCGAUGGCCGCACCACAGCCCAGCUACCCUCCUCUGGAGGAGCGUCCGCUCAGGGACACAAUCUGUCUGUUCGACGUGGACGGGACCCUGACGCCCGCCCGCCUGGACGCGUCGCCCGAAAUGCUCGCCACCCUCGCGGCCCUCCGGCAGAAAUGCGCCAUCGGCUUCGUCGGCGGGUCCGACCUCGCCAAGCAGCAAGAGCAGAUCGGCCGCCCGGCAGGCAACGUGCCCGUCACCGCCCUCUUCGACUUCUGCUUCGCCGAGAACGGCCUGACGGCCUACAAGCUCGGCCAGGAGCUGCCGUCCAACAGCUUCAUCCGCUGGAUCGGCGAGGACCAGUACAAGCAGCUCGUCAACUUCAUCCUGCACUACCUGGCCGACCUCGACGUCCCCGUCAAGCGCGGCACCUUUGUCGAGUUCCGCAACGGCAUGAUCAACGUGUCGCCCGUGGGCAGGAACGCCAGCACCCAGGAGAGGAACGACUUCGAGGCCUUUGACCGCUCCGCCGGCGUCCGGAGGGCCUUUGUCCAGGCCCUGCGCGACCGGUUCCCCGACCUCGGCCUGACCUACUCCAUCGGCGGGCAGAUCUCCUUUGACGUCUUCCCCGCCGGCUGGGACAAGACCUACUGCCUCAAGCACCUCGAGGACGAGGCCAGGAAGCCCGGCGGCGUCGAGUACAAGAGCAUCCACUUCUUUGGCGACAAGGCCUUUGAGGGCGGCAAUGACUGGGAGAUCUACUCGGAUCCCAGGACCAUUGGCCACGCCGUCAAGUCGCCCGACGAUACUGUCCGCAUCCUGAAGGACUUGUUCCACCUGUGA